AUGGGGAUGGACCUGGUUAAGGACGAAACUAUUCAACAAUGUCAAACUCCCAGGCCACAACAUAAUCAGUUUAGAACAAGGGAAAGGCACCAACAAGUAGUAGUGGUAGGCCGACAGCAAGACGCUGAUCAUAUUGUCGAUCAAUAUAGACAAGAAGAAACAGCUAUAGAAAACGACCUAACAACGAUUGUCGAAAGAAUCAUGGCCAGAAACGGAAUGAGCACUUCAUUGCAAAGGCCAACGUAUUCAUCUCCGCUAGCUGACUAUAUCGUACAAACGAAGAACCCUUGGGGGUGGAAAGUGCCAAAGUAUACGAAAUUCGGAGGAGAAACUAGAGAGUGGACAGUCGAACACAUUGCGAGAUAUUUGACUGAGUCAGGAGAUAUGGCGAACAAUGAGAGCUUAAGGGUGAAGAAUUUCCCUUCAUCCCUUACUAAAGCAGCGUUCACAUGGUUUACCAUACUACCCCCCAACUCAAUCGACUCAUGGUCUAGACUGGAAAAGAUUUUUCAUGAUCAGUUUUAUGAAGGCCACUCAAAAAUUAGUUUGGUCGAGUUGUCGAACAUUAAAAGAAGGUUCGCUGAGACCAUCGACGAUUAUCUAAACAGGUUUAGGUCAUUGAAGGCUCGUUGUUUCACACAGAUACCUGAGCACGAGCUUAUUUAA